CAUCGCCAACUCCAUCCCCUUCAUCGGCUUCGGGUUCUUGGACAACUUCUUCAUGCUUAUCUUCGGCGACUACAUCGACUUGUACUUAGGCUCCUACUUCUGCCUGACCACCAUGGGCGCAGCUGCUUUGGGAAACACCCUUUCCGACAUCCUGGGCAUAGGUACGGCCUUCUACGUCGAGAGAUUGGCCAACAGGAUCGGUUUCACACCGCCGAGGCUGUCACCGAUCCAGUUGGACAUGAGCUGUUCCAGGAACUCUGCUAACUUCGGCCGAGUCCUUGGGGUGACGCUGGGCUGCCUCCUGGGCAUGUGUCCGCUGUUCUUCAAGAAAAACAAACAGGAAGCCGAAGAAUCUGUCUCGGAAGACGCGAACUGAUCGUGAGCAGCUACUUAAGGACUU